UUUCUUUUUCCGGUUUUCUUGCCGUGAGAAGGUGGUCCUCCCUGGGGUGAAAAACACCGUCCAGAUUCAAGACUACGACUAGACAACUGUGGAAAGUUUCUCAACACUUUCAGAGGCUUACUAAACAAACUACAAAAACUGGCGUUAGGCUGAUGAAUUGCCAUCGAGGUUGGCGGCGGAUUUGCGGUGUUUGAGUCGGGAACUGAAGUUGGGAAAGUGUGGGGUGAAAAUGGAGAGCCCAGCUGAGUGAGAGUGAGGCAGAGUGGGGUGAGGAGGCUGGAUUUGGCAGGAGCUGCUGCUAACAGGCUAAUUAGCUUGGUCACACACUUCUCCGCAUCACUCCUCCACAGCCAACAAUUCUCCCUGGGGGCCGAUGCUGUUUAAUCAAGACUGUUGCUGUCUCUGAAGCUUCUCCUAAUGGAUCAAAGGACAGUCGACCACUGCAUUUUCCYUGGAAGUUCUGCAWGAGCCUGAGGAUAACGUUUUUGGAGAGGCUUGCUGUCCCAGUCAAACACCUCAUUCAUCGAAUCGRUUGUUUUGUGCUGUUGGCUUCCGUAGGGUUUAUACUAAUGCUGUCUUGUUUAAUGGAAGCCUGGUAGGUUCCUGAAAGGCUUUUGGGUCUUCCUGCCCACUGAUUGGACAGCCAAGAGAGCUGCGCCAAAAAAAGAACAGUAUAAGGAACAACAACAACAAGUUAUCCUGACUUGUUGGGAUACACACAGUGCAUGAUAUAUUAAUGAAUUUAUGGGCUGUAUUGAGGUGUCGUAUUCAUGAAACGCAGYUGCUGAGCCCAGCUCAUCUGGACUUGGAUGGGAGUGAUCAGCCUCAUUCCUGAAUGUCUGUCUGAGCUUGGGUACAGCCUGGAUGUUGGACGUCAUCGGCCCGUUGAAUCAGCUGUUGCGGUGAUGAGGCAGGACUCCUGGUGGCCUGUGUGGCUGGCUGGGCAGCGGCCCGAGGUGAUGUGAUGGGGUGCCGGAACAGCAAGGUCCUCCCUGAGCCUCCAGGGGACGUACAGUUGGAUCUGGUCAAAAAGGUCGAUCCUCACCCUCCUCAGACGGAUAUCUAUAAGCACUUCAUACGAGGGGAUGGCACUGGAAGCAAGACGGGCGAGGCUGGAGGCGUGGCAGCUGAAAAGCCUGACCACCCCUGCGCAUAUCAAGGGCAAGCACAAGCUGCCUCUCCCACUUCCGCUUCAGCUCAGACUCCUAAAGACCCCUCCAAACUGUCGGACCCUCAGCGAAAGAAGGUGGCGAAGUACCGAGCCAAGUUYGACCCUCGAGUCAGGGCUAAGUACGAGAUAAAAGCUCUCAUCGGUCGUGGGAGUUUCAGCCGAGUUGUSCGGGUGGAGCACAAGAGCACGCGGCAGCCGUACGCCAUCAAGAUGAUCGAGACCCGUUACCGCGAGGGCAGGGAGGUGUGCGAGUCRGAGCUGUGCGUCCUGCGUCGGGUUCGUCACACCAAUAUAAUCCAGCURAUGGAGGUGUUUGAGACGGCAGAGCGUGUCUACAUGGUCAUGGAGUUGGCCACGGGAGGGGAGCUCUUUGACCGCAUCAUUGCUCGCGGUUCCUUCACAGAGCGAGACGCCACCCGGGUGCUGCAGAUGGUGCUGGACGGCGUCAAGUACCUCCAUGCUUUGGGGAUCACUCAUCGGGACCUGAAGCCAGAGAAUCUGCUAUACUACCACCCCGGAGCCGACUCAAAGAUCAUCAUCACCGACUUCGGUUUGGCUAGCAGCCGGAAGAAAGGAGACGAGUGUCUGAUGAAGACCACCUGCGGCACGCCGGAGUACAUCGCCCCAGAGAUCCUGGUUAGGAAGCCCUACACAAACGCCGUAGAUAUGUGGGCGCUGGGGGUGAUAUCGUAUAUCCUGCUGAGCGGAACCAUGCCCUUCGAGGACGAUAACCGCAUGAGGCUCUACCGGCAGAUCCUGAAGGGGAAGUAUAGCUUUUCUGGAGAGCCGUGGCCCAGCGUGUCCAACCUGGCCAAAGACUUUGUCGAGCGGAUUCUGACAGUGGACCCCAGCGAGCGGCUGACAGCAGGCCAGGCCCUCAAGCAUCCCUGGAUCGUCAGCAUGGCGGCGGCCUCCUCUAUGAAGAACCUGCAGCGCUGCAUAUCUCAGAACCUCUUGAAGCGCGCCUCGUCGCGCUGUCAGAGCACCAAGUCGGCCCAGUCCACGCGCUCCAGCCGCUCCACCAAGUCCAACAAAGCUCGCAGGGUGCGAGAGAAGGAGCUGCGCGAGCUGAACCGUCGCUAUCAGCAGCAGUAUAACGGCUGAGAAAGCUCUGCUGCGGUCCUUUUGACUCAGAAACGUUCUGUCUCUUGAAACGACUGAGAGGACGUUCUCAAUCGUAGACGCCCCCAGUGUUGAAAGCCAAAAACGCCUGAAAGGUGGUGCUUUGCUACGAACAUUUCUACCAGUUCAACGUGCUGAAACAAGAAGUGAAGAAUAUAAAAAACUCUAAAAGACGCAGGUUGGAUCAUUUGGUUGCUUCUUCUCCACCUGUGUCGCUAUUUAUUUAUUAUUGUGAYGAUAAAUCUCCAUUGAAACGGUCGCUGGGUAAUGACCUUCCAAAUGGAUCUGUUGAACAGAGUUCUGGACACUGAUGUUUCUAAGAAGCAAUGUGUUCUUUGAAGUAGGGAGGAACAAAUUCUCCCUUUUUGUUUCCAAUCAAAAGUGCUGUGAAUUUGUUGUYGAACUCUCUGUACAGACCUCAUGAUGUUGUUGGUACUCAGAUUAUAGUAAACCAUAAUCACCAUCUGAAGGAUAGCAUGAAGGCUUAUUUUUAGUUCGUUAGACGUUUAACUGAUCAGUUUYAUUCUAAACUGGUUCCUGAACUGUCACAAGAUUGUGAAUCUGUUAUCAUUGAAACUUAGGUGUAUUAAACACUAAAAUGUUCCCCACCUUC